AUGUACUGUACAGUCGAUAACGAAAACGCCUUCCUCAUUAGGGGCAAGAAUUUGUUUCUCAUGAGAGCCGUUUUUAGAUCCAGAAUUCGUAUUCUCCGAGAUCAUGCAGGAACACUGGCGGCAUCAGCUGCUCAACACGAAAAUGUCACGUUCUGGGGAGCGGAAGAUAACAUCGUUCCGCCAGAACGUGCACGAUUCGGCUUGCCGGGCGAUCGGGAGAAUGUGGUCAAGCUGAACGCAGACCAAAGUAGCGAAGUACGAUUUAGUGAAAGCAGAAUGAGCAAUCGGCGCCACUGCUAUAUUCUUCCUCGGAACCUCAAGUUCACCGGACGAAGUGAUGUGCUUAAACGACCCCAGAAAAAGCUUUUCAUUCAGCAGGACUGCCAGAAGCUUACAGUGCUAGACCUGGAUGGCGUGGGUAACCGCAGACCCCGAGGGAGCUGGUACGACGGGCACCUAGAGCCGGAAGAGAGCGGCAAGUGGUUUCUUGUUGUCGAUAAUGUUGACGAUGUAGAGAUCCGGUACGGGUCGUUUGACCCGGAGUCCGUUACUGGCUACGUGGCCCUUGAGGUAGCGGGCCUUGACGUAGUCGACUUAAAAGAAAUGGGCUCUGAGGAAGCUGUCAGCCUUUUGGAGAAGUCGCUAAGCCGGCAACAGCUUCUCGGAGACAAGCAAAUUGUUGCAGAGCUUCUGGAAGAACUUGCGCACCUCCCGCUAGCCAUCGCCCAGGCUGUUGCUUAUCUCAAUCGAAACCGGCAGGCGUUCAUGAGUAGUUAUCGCAAGCUAUUGCGCGGCUCCGAGAAAGAUAUGGUCGGCCUGCUAAGCCGGGAGUUUCGUGAUGGCUCUCCUUUCCAGGCAUCGCAGCGGUCGGUGGCAACGACCUGGCUAGUGUCCUUUGACCAGAUCUCUGUUUCGGAUAAGGAUGCCACGAGACUGCUCUCGUUUAUAUCAUGCAUCGAAUUCAAAGCCAUUCUUCGCUCGCUUUUGCCACGGAUGGAGACGGCAGAAGUGAUGGAACACGCGAUCGGCACGCUUUGUGGGAAUGCAUUUCUGCUAAAUAGAGUAUUCCCAUCGAGCGAUAAGGCCAAUCGAGAACGGUGGAGGACAUAUCUGCCACAUGCCGUACGGGCGCUCCACGAGAGUGGAGAGCACCGCAUUCAGGAGAGGCACGACUUGUUCUAUCGAGUUGGCCAAUGCUUUUUUAAGGACAGGCGGUUCAAAGAAGCGGUAAAGGCUUUAGAGGAGACAUCUGGCUUGAGGAGAGAUCAGAUGUCUGAUACAGCUUCGGCGCGACUAACCUCAGAGUACGAACUUACGAGGGCAUACCUAGAUGACAGGCGGAUCAAGGACAUGAUUGUGAUAUACGAGCGUGCGGUGGCGGUUCGUGAGCAGACGCUAGACGAGCGGGAUCACGAUCGACUUGGCGUCACAACACGCACGCUGACGGCCGAAUUGAACGGCGUACCAGCGUCCCAGAAGAAAUUGCCCACAGAAGAUCUGCGAGUUUUUCGCCCAGCGGGGUACUGCGUUUUAGCCCAGAAAUGCCCAGCCAGAAGUUUUAUCCGCCGACGCAGCCAGCCUAUUAUGGUUAGAGAUGGACUUCGACAAUCAGAUCGUGUGCAUAAGCCGCUUACAAAGACUGGAAAAACGAAAACAUGUGCGAAGAGCUUACCAAAUCGGCGGGUGGAGGACCUUGAAGCGAACAAUAUUCAAGUAAAUACGUCAACACCACAACCAAUACGACAAACAACCACAAGACCAGCAACGAACAGCGGCACUGGUGACGCUCGAAAUGACGGCCAGGUAUUGCAAGAAGCCGUGAAUUCAAUAGCCCACAGCCUGAAGGAUGAAUUACGGAAGGUCCAGCUGGAGAAAGAACGUCUCAAGGAAGGAUUGUUGAAAACGAAGAAUCAACUCGUCGCUGAACUCAUUCGCACAAAGGAGCAAAUUUCCAAAGAGCUGCAAGUAACAUUUCAGCAAAUCCAUCAAUCCCAGAACAAUCCCCCAAGGCUACAAGAGGUAUCGCAGCCGCUUGAAGAGUUUGGAGAGCCUCAGACUAAUGAGCGUGAGCGUCUGCAACAGACGAGUAAUGACCAGCCGGAAGAGGGUCAGAUUGAUGAGUGUGUUGAACCAAGUCUCCCUAGCCAGGCGAUUUCGAAACCUCAUGACAAUCAAGACAUUGCCCAUAUCCAUAAUCAAAUGGAGAGGACCAAGACACGCAGAUCAGGGCCUUCUCUCAAGCGGAAGACAAUAGGGCUGGGCGAGACCGGCAAGGUGUUUUCUGCAGUUGUAUUUUACAAUCCUACGCAUUGCGAGAUGGAAGCCGCCAUGUAUCUUCCUCCAGGUCAGCCUAUGCCAGAUCUCAACCAGUUGUUCCGAGACUUGGCUGGCGGCCGCAUUUCUGCAUCGCAGCAACCUCGUACUAUACAGACAGAAUGUCUAUCUGGCAGGCCCAUGAAGCGCAGUAAAAUCUCAGGCCGAGCUGUGCCGAGAAUACAUCUAGAACAACCGCUAAAUGACAAUCCCGAAAACGAGCAGCAAGGAAAGCAAUUUAGUUCGGCAGAUAGUUUUGUCAACGAGAAGAACUCAGUAGAUGAGACGCCAAUGCCUCGUAACUUGGAGAUUGGCCCAGUUGCACUGUAUCCGAACGAAUCUGCCUCACCAAAUCAUCAACAGUUUAGGGACGUCAUCUGUCAGGCAGGAGCUAACCUAACGGCAGGAUCUCUAGAACCUUCUAGUCCUAAGAGGUACAACUAUGACACUGCGGCAGAGAUCACACUAGCAAGGGCUGCUAAUCGAGCGCGGCCAAAGCCAGCGCCGGCGAAGCACAUAGCGUCGUGCCUAGGACCGGCUACCCAGAGGAUUCCGGACAUCGACCAGCCAAUAUACGAUCGCAUCAGCAAAGCUGUACUUAAACCUUUUGCCGUGGUAGAUGAACCACUGGUUAACGAUUCAUGGCAACUGCAGAAGCAUAGAGAUAUCAUAAGAGAUUACACAGACGUACAUCCCGACGAAAAGGAGUACAUAUAUGUAUGGGACGCUUUUGCCCAAGCGCAUAAAGCAAAUAACGCGCCAUACUUUGAUGAUAUAUAUCUGGAGUUCAUCGAGGAGAAGGCUUCAUGGCUGGUUGCCUUGCAAACCCGCACCAAUGAAGCCAUGAAGCACUUGCUCUACUUGAAUGCGAGAGACGCGCUAAACAAAAGCACGGUUAGCAACGCCCUGAGCAUUCUGAGAAAUGCGAGGUCCCAAGCCCGUCCUGCGCUAGUUGAGGCCGAAAGUGCCUGUGCGGGAUCUGACACUUAUUUCUCGAAAUCUGGAUGCGCAAUUUGUGGUCAACCAUUUGCAGGCCCACGUCAAGUCAUAUGCGCAAAUUUGGACUGUGACGAUCCGUUCUACCAUGACGAUUGUGUAAGAAAUAAGGCAAAAAUGCCAGUGGACAGUCGUGAUUGGCGAUGUAAUGGAUGCUGUGAGGUACCAGCAUCAUAA